AUGUCGGAAACCGAAAUCAAGUGCUCUUUGAAGGGUGAAGCUUUGUUGGCAAAUGCCCGCUUGAAUAAGGGCACAGCUUUUACGGAAGAAGAACGUAUCAAGUAUGAACUUACCUCUCGUCUGCCCCCUGUUGUGGAAACCUUGCAACAACAGAUUGACAGAGCCUAUGAGCAAUACAAAUCAUACGGUGAGAGAGUUUUGGAGAAAAACUUUUAUUUGUCGCAAUUAAGUAUCCAAAACCAGACCUUGUUUUAUGCUUUGCUUAGCCAACAUUUAGUCGAAAUGAUCCCCAUUAUUUAUACACCAACGGAGGGAGAUGCUAUUAUGCAAUACUCAGACGUAUACCGUUAUCCCGAGGGAUGCUUUUUGGAUAUUGAGCACAAGGAUCCUCAAUACAUUAAGCACCAGCUUGGUGCCUUUGGAACAAAAGAUUCCGUCAAGUACAUCAUCCUCACCGACUCCGAAGGUAUCUUGGGUAUCGGUGAUCAAGGUGUUGGUGGUGUCUUAAUUUCCGUUGCCAAAGGUCAUUUAAUGACUUUGUGUGCCGGUCUUGAUCCCAACAGCUUUUUACCAAUUGUUUUGGAUGUAGGUACUAACAACCCAAAGCAUCGUUCCAAUCCUCAAUACAUGGGUCUUAAAAGGGACCGUGUACAUGGUGAAGAAUAUGACCAAUAUUUGAGCACCGUUCUCGGCUCCAUAAAAGAGGUCUUUCCCCAUGCCUUCAUUCACUUUGAAGAUUUUGGUUUGAAAAAUGCUAAGCGCAUAUUGGACAAGUACACCAAAGAGUUUGCUUGCUUCAACGAUGACAUUCAAGGUACCGGUGCCGUCGCCUUGGCUGCCAUUGUAGCCGCUCUCCAAGUUACAAAAUCACCUUUGACCGAACAGCGCAUCAUGAUAUUCGGUGCCGGUACCGCUGGUAUCGGUAUUUCCAACCAAAUCAUCAGUGCCUUGGUUGGGGAUGGCCUUUCCAAGCAACAAGCGUUCGAUCGUAUUUACUUGGUUGAUCGCUAUGGUUUAUUGCUCGAAAAGCAUGCUAAUGUUGCCACGGAAGGUCAAAAGCCUUUCUUGAAGAAAAACGACGGUUUCCAAGAUAUUAAGGAUGAUGUUGAUUUAGAGACUGCCAUUUCUCGUGUGAAGCCUACUGUCUUGUUGGGUUGUUCUGGUCAAGCUGGUAAAUUUACCGAAAAAGCUAUGCGCGAAAUGGCUAAACAUGUUGAACAACCCAUUAUUUUCCCCAUCUCGAAUCCUACCAAGCUAAUGGAAGCCAAACCCGAUCAGAUUGAUGAGUGGACAAAUGGAAAAGCACUCCUUGUUACCGGAUCACCUCUUCCCCCUAUCCAGCGUAACGGCAAGGAAUACAUUGUUUCCCAAUGCAACAAUGCUCUUCUUUAUCCUGCCUUGGGAGUGGGCUGUGUGCUUUCCGGCUGCAAAUUUUUGACCGAUAGUAUGAUGAAGGCAGCUUCUGACGCCUUGGCAACCGUCCCAAAGGAUUUGUUCAAGUCGGAAGAAGCUCUUUUGCCGGAUUUGCAGAACGCUCGUGAAAUUUCCCGUCACAUUACGCUAGCUGUUUUGAAGCAAGCCAGAAAAGAAAACUUGAGUACCACUGAGUACCCCACCGAUGACAAGGAAUUAAGUGAAUGGAUUUUGAAGCACGAGUGGAAUCCUACUUACAAAAAGUUCGUAUAA